UCCCUUGAGAACCUCCCUGUUCCCAUUCCCAAUUGCUCUCUCUCUCUCUCUCUCUCUCUCUCUAGUCUUGUCCCUUUCAUUUCUACCACUACAUUUAAUGCCAAUGCCAUCACCACUGCCCUUCUCUUCUACUCUCACUCUACACCUAAAUAUGCUUUUCUCGAUUCUUCUCUAACCCAACCCAAAUCCUCCAUUUUCUCACUCCCUCAGACCUUCCCGGUGUUGGGUUUUUGCACAAAUGUAGAAGCCCUUCUCUUUCUCCUUCUGCUCUUAUUUUUUAAUUCUUAAAAAAUUUCAGUUGAAUUGCAAGGUGGGGUUUUUAAUUACUGCCCUUUUACUUGUUCUUGGAGGAGUUACUUAGUGCGUCAGAUUCAUCAUUCUUGUGCCCUUUUUAAUUUAUUGAAAUCCCAAGUCCCCCAUUCUUUCAUGAUUUAGUUAGUUGUCUUUUCAAUUCUCCAUUUUUAAAACAUUAAUUAUCCAUAUCCAUUAUAGAAUGCAGCUCAUCUCCACUGUAGUUCUUCUCCUAAUUGUAGAAUUGGCUUUAGCAGAAUCAGACAUUGAUGCCCUCUUAGAGCUCAAAAGUGGAUUUCACAUAGACACUAAUAGCAGCAGCAGCAGCAGCAACAGAAUCUUGUUAGAUUCAUGGGAUUCCAAUUCCUUAGCUUCUGAUGGUUGUCCUAAGAACUGGUUCGGCAUUGCCUGCAAUAAGGGCCGUGUCACUUCCAUCUCACUCGAUAGUUUAGGCCUUUCUGGUGAAUUCAAUUUUCUCGCCAUUUCCAGGCUCCAAAUGCUCAAUAACUUGUCUGUAUCUAACAACCAUUUACGCGGCACGAUCGCCAAAGAAAUCCUUUCGAUUGAAUUUUUGGCAAGUUUAGAUCUUUCCUGCAAUGCAUUUGAUGGCCUGAUUCCUUCUGGCUUCGGUAAUUUGAAAAAGUUGCAGCAUCUAGACUUGCAUUCUAAUGGCUUUGUAGGGAAUGUUAUGGGACUUUUAGCACAAUUAGGAGCUUUAGUUUAUGUCGAUCUUAGCUGCAAUGGCUUUUCAGGAUCGUUGGAUUUAGGCAUUGGCAAUCCUGACUUCAUUUCAUCGAUUAAGUACUUGAACAUUAGUCGAAAUAACUUGACCGGGACACUCUUUGAACACGAUGGAAUGCCUUACUUUGAUAGCCUAGAAGUGUUUGAUGCAAGUGACAAUCAUUUUACUGGCAAUGUGCCGUCCUUUAGCUUCGUAGUUUCGCUUAGAAUCAUCAAGCUCGGCAACAAUUGGCUGUCGGGAUCGUUGCCGCAGGGACUCUUGCAAGAGAGUUCGAUGAUCUUGUCUGAAUUAGACCUUAGCCGGAAUCAGCUGGAAGGUCCGGUAUCGAGCAUAAAUUCUGUUAACUUGAGGUAUCUGAAUCUGUCGUCGAAUAGGCUAUCCGGUCCAUUGCCGAUCAGGAUAGGGCAUUGUGCUGUUGUAGACCUCAGCCACAAUAUGUUCUCCGGGAACUUCUCGAGAGCUCAGAGCUGGGGAAACUAUGUUGAAGUGAUCGACUUAAGUUCCAACUAUCUUUCAGGGUCAUUUCCGAAUCAAACUUCACAGUUCUUGAGACUCACGUCGUUGAGGCUUUCGAACAAUUCGAUUGAGGGUGUUCUCCCGGAUGUUCUUGGGGCGUAUCCGGAGCUAAAAGUGAUCGAUUUUAGCCUUAACAAGUUGCAGGGCUCGCUCCUUCGUAGCUUGUUCAAUUCGACGAAACUGAUUGAGAUUAACCUGUCCAUGAAUAACUUUUCCGGGAUGAUUCCGGCUGAUUCGAUAGGCUUGCAGAACUACAGCCUGGUGGCUUUAAACCUGUCGGGGAAUGCGUUUACCGGUCGACUGCCACCCGAGCUUGGAAGGUUUCGAAGCUUGUUGUAUCUCGACGUGUCGAACAAUCUCCUCGAUGGCAGCAUCCCCGAUGGCCUACCGGGAACAUUGGCAGCAUUCGAUGUGUCGAAUAAUAAUCUCUCUGGCGUUGUCCCGCAAAGCUUGCAGCGCUUCCCGGCUUCUUCGUUCCAUCCGGGAAAUCUGUUGCUCGUAUUGCCGAGCGAUGGAUCUUCUCCGAAGGAAGGGGACAACCUGAAUUUAGGGAGGAGUCACAGCGGUGGUUCGCGCAUGAAAAAUGGUAUCCGAGCUGCCGUUAUUGCCGGAGUGGUUAGCGCUGUGUCGGCUAUGGCUGUACUGACUUUGGUGAUCUAUUGGAGAUCUCAUCGCGACCCUUGUAAGGAGUCUUCGACAGAAGCCGGAGGAAGGAAAGCCGUUUCUUUCGCCGGAAUUGAGUCCGGAAAUCCGCCGAGGGAUGGAUCGUUUGUUGAACAGAGCCCCAAAGAUUGUCGAAAUCCAGAAUUGGCAAGAAAAAGUGAUAUUGUAUCAUCCCCAAUGUCGAUAGCAUCGUCUGUCAGCAAUUCGCCCGGCAAGCUCCGGCAGCAAUCUGAAAAUGCGACGGCGCUGAAGGUCUGCUCGCCGGACAAAAUGGCCGGUGAUCUUCAUCUCUUCGACAGCUCCGUGAAGUUCUCGCCGGAGGAACUAUCUGCCGCCCCUGCGGAAGCCAUCGGAAUGAGCUGCCACGGGACACUUUACAAGGCGGUGCUAUCGUCGGGGCACAUAUUGGCGGUGAAACUUCUGAAGGAAGGAAUCGCGAAAGGUCGGAAGGAAUUCGCAAGAGAGGCAAAGAAACUCGGGAACAUUCGACACCCAAACUUGGUGUCGAUUCAGGGCUUCUACUGGGGGCCGAAGGAGCACGAGAAGCUGAUCAUAUCGAAGUACAUCGACGCGCCGUGUUUGGCGCUGUAUCUUCACGGAAUCGAUCCGGGGACGCUUCCACCGCUGUCGCUGGCGAAUCGGGUGAAGAUCGCGCGGGACGUCGCGGGCUGCCUGACCUACCUACACACCGAAAGCGCCAUACCUCAUGGCAAUCUGAAAUCGACGAAUGUCCUGAUCGAAAUCCCCGACGUAAACGUGCUGCUGACGGACUACAGCCUUCACCGGCUGCUGACGGCAUCGGGAACGGCGGAGCAGGUCCUGAAUGCGGGUGCCCUCGGGUACCUGCCGCCGGAGUUCACGAGCACGAGCAAACCUUGCCCGUCGUUGAAGAGCGACGUGUAUGCGUUCGGGGUUAUUCUGCUGGAGCUGCUGACGGGGAGGAGCUCGGCGGACAUUGUUCCCGGGAACCCGGAGGUGGUCGAUUUGUCGGAAUGGGUUAGCCGAAUGGCUGCGGAGAAUCGCGCCGCGGAGUGCUUCGAUCCGCAGCUUUUGGACGGCGGCGGCGGAAUUGAGGCGAUACUUGGGAUUGGUCUCAAGUGUAUCCUCCCGGCGGCGGAACGGCCGGACAUGACGAUGAUCUUCAUGGAGCUGUGUGAAGUUUGCUGUCAUGAAUGAAGGAGGAGGAUGUUGUGAAGUAAUUCUUCUUGUGCAGCUGAAAAUUCAAUCAUACCAUAUGUGUAAUAAAAGUUUCGUAAGUUAAGGCUAUGUAUUUUUAGUUUUUUUUGCAAAUUUUUAAAAAUCGUCUUUUACUA